AUGCAUCACGGUGGUUUUAGCGCCACCACCAGUGACGGAAGCGGAACAGCAUCCACCAGAGUUCAGAAUAAAGACAGAAACAAUCCAGAUGAUCUGGAGAGUUGUGUCUGAAUGAUCAGAAACACAAUGUUUCACAAUAAGUCCGCCUGGUUCUCCUGCAGUGUGCCAGAGACACGUCACCACUUCUGGACACUUGAGGGGGGGACCGUGGCUGGUUGGAGGACGGCAGAUUAUCUUUUCAGCGAGGAUGCUACAUGUCCAGAUACUCUGAGGAUAUAUGAGAGCAGAGAUUACCUGUGGAACAAGGUGACAAUCUUUCACAGCUUGUUUCUGUCGGCCUGUGAGAAGCGUCAGAGCGUAAAGUCGGUGUGCAUUGGUCACUAUGUGCUGCCGCCAGCCUCCGUGCAGGACGAAGUGAGGAACGUAGUGGGGAGGUUGAUUUGGGAGUGUGAGGACGAGCAGCCAGCAACACAGGGUUUUACACACGAUGAGUCCAGUGAAGGAGAAGUCAGCAGAACCAACUGUGACCCAUCUGACACAGAGUCCUCAGAGAGUGAAGGUGCCGCGUGUGGUUAUUUGCAGGAUUAUCCAGCUGGAAACACGCUUACAGGUUAUGUCGGCAUGGACGAGCUGCAGAGAUAUUCAGGCGAUCUGUGUGAUUUCCAUGCCGAGUGUUACCGUUGCUCCAAAUGUUAAAUCAAACAUUCACUGAGAGGAAAGUGUGUUGAAGAGGAACAAGUACCAGUUGUGUUACUAUCAGCUGCAAGACGUAGAAAAUGAUUUAUCUUCCUGCAUUAUAUGCAGUGUUUAAACAUAUAAUAAAUGAAUGGGAUUUGGCAGAUCUCAUUUUCGAACUCAAUCAACAUCAUUUCGUCGUAUCCGUCAAUACAGUCCUUGAUUUUUCAUGUUCUGAAAAAGGUAAAUGUUGCAAAUGUUCUCCGUAGAUUCUUCAUUUGUUUUGAAUGCAAAAAUCUUUGAAUUGUACAUGUAUUGCAAUAAAAAAGUAUAGAGGGGCCGAAAUGGCAACAAACUCAA